UUAAGCACCGAUUUGGGCGGAUUUAUUCCUGGUCAAUUUUUGGCAGAUUGCAAAGGGGUACCAUCACCGAUUUUGGUCGAUUUUUCCGAAAUGCCAUUUUCUUUCGAUUCUGGAGGCUACAGAUCACGAAAUCAGGCCGAGGCUAUUCUCCACCAAUAAUAAAGUCUAUUGAUCCAAUUCUACACGGAUGAUAAGUCCAUUAAACACCGAUUUGGGCCAAUUUAUUUUCGGAUGGCAUUUUUGUAAUUUUGUGGCCGUCGAGAGGCCAUUUUCUUUGGAUGUUGAAGGCUACAGAUCACGGAUUCGGCCUGAGACUAUUCUUCAACGAUCACUAAGUCCAUUAAGCACCGAUUUGGGCGGAUUUAUUUCGGGUCAAAUUUCGGCAGAUUGCAAAGUGGUACCAUCAUUGAUUUUAGGCGAUUUUUCCGAAAUGCCAUUUUCUUUCGAUUCUGGAGCCUACAGAUCACGGAAUCAGGCCUAGGGUAUUAUCCAACAAUAAUGAAAUCUAGUGAUCCUAUUCUCCACGGAUGAUAAGUCCAUUAAGCACCGAUUUGGGUCAAUUUAUUUUCGGAUGGCGUUUUCGUAAUUUUGUGGGCGUUGAAAAGCCAUUUUCUUUGGAUAUUGAAGGCUACAGAUCACGGAUUCGCCCUGAGACUAUACUUCAAUGAUGAUUAAGUCCAUUAAGCACCGAUUUGGGCGGAUUUAUUCCUUGUCAAUUUUUGGCAGAUUGCAAAGGGGUACCAUCACAUAUUAUGGGCGAUUUUUCCGAAAUGUCAUUUUCUUUCGAUUCUGGAGGCUACAGAUCACGAAAUCAGGCCGAGGCUAUUCUCCACCGAUAAUGAAGUCUACUAAUCCUAUUCUCCACGGAUGAUAAGUCCAUUAAGCACCGAUUUGCGCCAAUUUAUUUUCGGAUGGCAUUUUUGUAAUUUUGUGGGCGUCGAAAGGCCAUUUUAUUUGGAUUUUGAAGGCUACAUAUCACGGAUUCGGCCUGAGACUAUUCUUCAACGAUGAUUAAGUCCAUUAAGCACCGAUUUGGGGGAUUUAUUGCGAUCAAUUUUUGGCGGAUUGCAAAGGGGUACCAUCAAAGAUUUUGGGCGAUUUUUCCGAAAUGUCAUUUUCUUUCGAUUCUUGAGGUUACAGAUCACGGAAUCAGGCCGAGGCUAUUCUCCAUCGAUAAUGAAGUCUAUUGAUCCUAUUCUCCAUUGAUGAUAAGUCCAUUAAACACCGAUUUUGGCCAAUUUAUUUUCGGAUGGUAUUUUCGUAAUUUUGUGGGCGUCGAAAGGCCAUUUUCGUAAUUUUGUGGACGUCGAAAGAUCAUUUUCUUUGGAUUUUGAAGGCUAAGGGGCACGGAUUCGGCCUGAGACUAUUCUUCAACGAUGAUUAAGUCCAUUAAGCUCCGAUUUGGGCGGAUUUAUUCAGGGUCAAUUUUUGGCAGAUUGCAAAGGGAUAUCAUCACAAAUUUUGGGCGAUUUUUUCGAAAUGCCAUUUUCUUUCGAUUCUGGAGGCUACAGAUCACGGAAUCGGGCCCAGGCUAUUCUCCACCAAUAAUGAAGUCUAUUGAUCCUAUUCUCCAUGGAUGAUAAGUCCAUAAAGCACCGAUUUGGGCCAAUUUAUUUUUGAAUGGCAUUUUCGUAAUUUUGUGGCCGUCGAAAGGCCAUUUUCUUUGCAUUUUGAAGGCUACAGAUCACGUAUUCGGCCUGAGACUAUUCUUCAAUGAUGAUUAAGUCCAUUAAGCACCGAUUUGAGAGAAUUUAUUCCGGGUCAAUUUUUGGCGGAUUGCAAAGGGGUACGUACCAUCAAAGAUUUUGGGCGAUUUUUCAGAAAUGUCAUUUUCUUUCGAUUCUGGAGGCUACAGAUCACGGAAACAGGCCGAGGCUAUUCUCCAUCGAUAAUGAAGUCUAUUUAUCCUAUUCUCCAUGGAUGAUAAGUCCAUUAAACAUCGAUUUUGGCCAAUUUGUUUUCGGAUGACAUUUUUCGUAAUUUUGUGGGCGUCGAAAGGCCAUUUUCUUUGGAUUUUGAAGGCUACAGAUCACGGAUUCGACAUGAGACUAUUCUUCAACGAUGAUUAAGUCCAUUAAGCAUAGAUUUGAGCGGAAUUAUUCCGGGUCAAUUUUUGGAAGAUUGCAAAGGGCGAUUUCGGGCGAUUUUCUUAAAUGCCAUUUUAUUUCUAUUCUAGAGUCUACAUAUCACAGAAUCGGGCCGAGGCUAUUCUCCAACGAUAAUGAAGUCUAUUGAUCAUAUUCUCCACGGAUGAUAAGUACAUUAAACACCAAUUUGGGCCAAUUUAACAUCGAUUUUGGCCAAUUUAUUUUCGGAUGACAUUUUUCGUAAUUUUGUGGGCGUCGAAAGGCCAUUUUCUUUGGAUUUUGAAGGCUACAGAUCACGGAUUCGACAUGAGACUAUUCUUCAACGAUGAUUAAGUCCAUUAAGCAUAGAUUUGAGCGGAAUUAUUCCGGGUCAAUUUUUGGAAGAUUGCAAAGGGCGAUUUUGGGCGAUUUUCUUAAAUGCCAUUUUAUUUCUAUUCUAGAGUCUACAGAUCACAGAAUCGGGCCGAGGCUAUUCUCCAACGAUAAUGAAGUCUAUUGAUCAUAUUCUCCACGGAUGAUAAGUACAUUAAACACCAAUUUGGGCCAAUUUAUUUUCGGAUGGCAUUUUCGUAAUUUUGUAGGCGUCGAAAGACCAUUUUCUUUGCAUUUUGAAGGCUACAGAUCACAGAUUUGGCCUGAGACUAUUCUUCAAUGAUGAUUAAGUCCAUUAAGCACCGAUUUGGGCGGAUUUAUUCUGGGUCAAUUUUUGGCAUAUUGCAAAUGGGUACCAUCACAGAUUUUGGGCGAUUUUUCUGAAAUGCCAUUUUAUUUCGAUUCUGGAUGCUACAGAUCACGGAAUCGGGCCCAGGCUAUUCUCCACCAUUAAUGAAGUCUAUUGAUCCUAUUCUCCAUGGAUGAUAAGGCCAUUAAGCACCGAUUUGGGCCAAAAAAUUUUCGAAUGCCAUUUUUUGUAAUUUUGUGGCCGUCGAAAGGCCAUUUUCUUUGGAUUUUGAAGGCUACAGAUCACGGAUUCGUCCCGAGACUAUUCUUCAACGAUGAUUAAGCCCAUUAAGUACUGAUUUGGGCGGAUUUAUUCCGUGUCAAUUUUUUGCAGAUUGCAAAGGGGUACCAUCACAGAUUUUGAAACACCCUAACCCGGCAUGGACUACUUUUACUAAAAUGCCCCCAAUAAAUAAAAUACUCAAAUCUUAAAUUGCAGCGGGAAAAUUUUUCAUAAAUAAAAUACUGAACACACAAACUUGUAGUUCAAAGCAACGCCCUAAGACAUGGGCAAACUCAGUACUUAAAAUCUCAAAAUGAUCUCUAGUCUAUACUCAUAACCAUAAAUGUAAAUAACUAAUAACUCUAAUGUUGUUGCUACUGGAAACCUUGACUAAGCAUCCUCCGUGACGCUUAUACUGCUCUCCACUAGCUGGCUACCCUCGAACUCGCUGUUCACUAACUGCUCCUCUAGCUCCUCUAGCUCUUCAAACUGGUGAGUGAGAUGGGGUCAGUGUACGGCCUUACGUUUAACAUCUUAUUAAUACUUGAUCACUUAGUGGAAGUUGUUUUGUACUUCCACUAUUAAAAAUCUUAACUCUUAAAACUGUAUCCUUAAAGCUCAAAUCUCCACUUAAAAUUCUUGACUGACACGGGGAUCCCUCACUAGCUAGUCUGGUUGCCAACUCAUACGUAUGAGAAGCCCUCCAGGCUUUCCUUAAACUUAAACUUAUCGUGGAAGGCUCUUCUUCCACGAUUCUCAAGAGCAUAAUUGUUGCUCAUCUUAAAAAUCUCAAGAGCAUAACUGCUGCUCACUUAAAUAUCUCAAGAGCAUAACUGCUGCUCUAUAUGAAAAUCUCAAAUGGCAACGAACUAGCGCUAGCGACUAAAAAUUCUUAAAACGGUUUCACCUUCUUGAAGGCAAAGUACUUCUUAAAAGAAAGCGUGUUCUUAAACUUCAACUUACUUAUAAAUAAAACAUGCAUUAUAAUAUGUAUAACUGGAAGGUAAUUUUCUUUGGAUUCUAAAGGCCAUUUUCUAAACUACUAAUCUUCUUUAUGUUUGUGGAGAAAUGUCUAGUUUUUCCUUUCUAAUUGUGUAGAAUGAAGUUGAUAUUAUCAAGUGGAGAGUGAAGAAACUUAAUUGACAAGGAGUAAGAAGUUUUCAAUUAAUCAUGUUGUUUAUGGAUAAUUUGUGAUUUGCUUCAAUUUUCUUGAGUUUUCUAGAUUGGUGUUGAACAAUUUGUAUAGUUAAUUUGUGAUUUGCUUGAAGUUUCUAGAAUGGUGUUUUACAUAUGGAUAAUUUGUAUUGAGAUAUUGAUAUUUGACUUUUAUUUUGAUAGGAACUUGUUAUUGUAAAUUUGUUUAUCACAAAAACCCAUGUGUACCCAGCGAGUUGGGUUGGAUUUGAGUUUUUCAAACCCAGUGAAUUUUAUCCCAAUUUUUUUUUAACGAAUAAAUCCAUAAAUUUGGGUUUGGGUUUGGGUUUGACCCAACCCGACCUAUUGCCAAACGUUGCUUUCCCACCGACAGAAGAGAACGAAAGACGCAGAGAGAGGCAGAGACGGUGCAACGUCUUCCUCACUCACUCCUCCCCCGGAUCCAGUCCCAGAAGUUCUGGUUUAAUUAAUUAAUUUUUCUCUCUUAAUUUUCUUUUUUACAAAAAAAAAUAAUAAUUUUAUUUCGAUCUCCUUCCUUAGUAGUUAGUUGACCCUCUUGUCUCUCUCUAAUCCUCCGUCUUUUAUAUUUUUUUAUUGUAUGCUAUCGACUAUCGAGUCACCAUAACAACAGAAAAACAAAUCCCUCGUACUCCUCCCUCUCGUCCCCCUCUCUAUAUCUCACCCGGCCUCUCCAGAUCUACGAACCCGCCACCGUCUCUCUUUCUUCUCUGAAUCUCGUCGAAGGGAGAGCUCUCCGUCUCUUCUUCAAUGGCGCCUGCAGGAGGAAGAUGCAGAAGAUCGUCUUCUCCAUUCGCCGCCCCGAUCUCCACUCUCCUCCUUCUCUUGCUUCUCGUCCAUGGCGCUCGCUCUUUCUACCUCCCCGGUGUCGCUCCCGAGGAUUUCACCAAGGGAGAUGAGUUGAGAGUGAAGGUGAACAAGCUGACCUCUACAAAGACGCAGCUUCCUUACUCCUUCUAUUCUCUGCCCUUCUGCCGGCCAGCAAAGAUCGUGGACAGUGCAGAGAAUCUCGGUGAAGUUCUUCGUGGGGAUCGAAUUGAGAACUCUCCCUAUGUGUUUAAAAUGAGGGAACCCAAAAUGUGCAAUGUUCUUUGCCGGGUUAAUCUUGAUACCAAGACUGCUAAGGAGUUUAAGGAGAAGAUCGAUGAUGAAUACAGGGUCAACAUGAUCCUCGAUAAUCUGCCUCUUGUAGUUGCAAUAAGGAGGCUGGAUCAGGAGUCCCCUACUAUCUUUCAGCUUGGUUACCAUGUUGGAUUCAAAGGCCAAUAUAGCGGGAGCAAAGAGGAAAAAUAUUUCAUUCACAACCACUUGGCAUUCACUGUCAAGUUUCACAGGGAUCUGCAAACUGACGCUGCAAGAAUUGUGGGUUUUGAAGUGAAGCCAUACAGUAUCAAGCACGAAUAUGAGGGGAAAUGGGCUGAGGAUAAGACACGUUUAACUACCUGUGAUCCUCAUACUAAGCGUACUGUUAUCAAUUCAAACACUCCCCAGGAAGUGGAUGACAAAAAGGAGAUUGUUUUCACUUAUGACGUUGAUUUCCAGGAGAGUGAUGUGAAGUGGGCGUCAAGAUGGGAUGCAUAUCUUCUGAUGAGUGAUGAUCAAAUCCACUGGUUUUCAAUCGUCAACUCCUUGAUGAUUGUUCUCUUCCUCUCCGGCAUGGUAGCAAUGAUCAUGCUGAGGACACUUUACCGUGACAUCUCCAAGUACAAUGAACUAGAGACCCAAGAAGAGGCUCAAGAAGAAACUGGAUGGAAACUCGUCCAUGGUGAUGUUUUCAGGCCACCAAUGAGCUCGGAACUACUCUGCGUCUAUGUGGGAACUGGUGUCCAGUUCUUCUGCAUGAUCCUUGUCACAAUGCUCUUUGCCAUUCUUGGUUUCCUCUCCCCAUCUAACCGAGGUGGCCUCAUGACAGCCAUGCUUUUGCUCUGGGUCUUCAUGGGCCUGUUUGCCGGGUACGCAUCUUCCCGACUAUACAAGCUAUUCAAAGGCACUGAAUGGAAGAAGAUUGCACUCCGAACAGCAAUCAUGUUCCCUGGGAUCGUCUCUGCCAUCUUCUUCGUCUUGAAUGCUCUCAUAUGGGGCCAGAAGUCAUCCGGAGCUGUCCCCUUCGGCACAAUGUUUGCCUUGGUGUUCUUGUGGUUCGGCAUCUCGGUCCCACUAGUCUUUGUGGGGAGCUACAUCGGGUUCAAGAAGACAGCUUUGGAGGAUCCUGUGAAGACCAACAAGAUCCCCAGACAGAUUCCGGAGCAAGCUUGGUACAUGAACCCCGCCUUCUCGAUCCUGAUCGGUGGGAUACUCCCAUUCGGAGCCGUCUUCAUCGAGCUGUUCUUCAUCCUCACCUCUAUAUGGCUGAACCAGUUCUACUACAUCUUCGGAUUCCUCUUCUUGGUGUUCAUCAUCCUCAUCAUCACCUGUGCUGAGAUCACCGUCGUGCUCUGCUACUUCCAGCUCUGCAGCGAGGACUAUCUGUGGUGGUGGAGAUCGUACCUCACCUCAGGAUCUUCUGCAGUGUACCUUUUCCUGUAUGCCACAUUCUACUUCUUCACCAAGCUCGAAAUCACGAAGCUCGUCUCUGGAGCGUUGUACUUCGGCUACAUGCUGAUCGCUUCGUAUGCGUUCUUUGUGCUGACUGGCACCAUCGGUUUCUAUGCGUGCUUCUGGUUCACGAGGCUCAUCUACUCAUCCGUGAAGAUUGAUUGAUUGAUUGAAUCAAUAAAUUUUCCUGGGUUUGCAGAGGGAUCAUUCUGUGGUCCCGUUCCUUUCUUUUGAAGCCAAACAGGGUAAGAUUCACAAUUUAGUAGAUAAAAUUGUUAUCAGGUGUAAAACUCUUGUUGCUCAUUUUUGUAUUGAGACAAUGCCGUCGAGAUUAUGAUGUAAUGGCCCUUUUCAUUGUUCACCUUCGUUCUCCUCUGUGGUGCGGCUGCCAUUUGAUUGGUAUACAAAUGAAUGUUGAACCGUUGA